AUGGCUGCAUACAUUCGAGUAUUGUCAAUUGAUGACCUAGACCGAUGCUCAGUAGUUGAAUCAGCGGCUUUCCCGCCCGCGGAGGCAGCAACUCGCGAAAAGAUCGAUUAUCGCCUGAGUGUUUGCCCCGACCUUUGCUUGGGCUUGUUUGUCCCCGAGAACUCGACAAUCGCCAAACCUGAGGGAGAUAUCCCGGUGUUCACUGCUCCUCCAACUGGUUCCGGCAAUGACAAGCUUAUUGCGCAUGUAAUAGCGACGAAGUCAACGUCGCGAGUUGUCAAGGAUGAGGACAUGUCUUUCCCCCCGACCUGGAAGACGGAUCCCACUGCCCAGUACGGUGUUGGUCAUCAGGCCGAAGGAAGAACCAUCGCUCUUCACUCGUUGGCUGUGUCGCCAACUUACCAGAGAUCUGGAUUUGGAAAGAAGCUCAUGAAGUCUUACAUUGAGUAUAUGAGGCAGAACGGCCAGGCGGAUAGGAUCUCAAUCCUUACCUACGACAGACUCUUGCCUUACUAUCAAGUGCUAGGCUUCACGCACUACGGCAAGAGCGCCUCUGAGUACGCAGGCGUUGCUUGGCAUGAUCUGGCAUAUGAAUACUCGGCUGAUGCCUAA